AUGCGCAUGGGUUCCAUUUCCAAAAUCCAAACUUUCUUCCUAAGAGCAGCAAAUCACAAACACCCUUCUUCUUUCCGUCCUGGAUUUUGCUUCAAGCACACUAUACGAAUGGCUCGUUCUUCUCUAGACGAGAUGUCAGCUUCCGGUGCAUUUGUUAGAACUCCUUCAACCUUCCGCAAUUUGAUCUCACGAGAUCCAAACUCACCUUUUCCCGCAGAAGCUGGAAGGUAUCACCUUUACGUAUCAUAUGCUUGCCCAUGGGCAUCAAGGUGCACUGCUUACAUAAAAAUCAAAGGACUGGACAAAGUCAUUAGUUAUACUGUAAGUAAUUCUAUUUGUUUUUACAAAUUUAAAGUCAUUAUCAAGAUUGAAAUUGAAAUAAUUUCUCGAAUGCAUCAGUCUGUCAAACCCAAGUGGGAAAGGACAAAGGAGGACACUGAUGAACACAUGGGAUGGGUUUUCCCAGCCUCAAAUACCGAAGAAGCAGGUGCAGAUCCCGAUCCUUUCAAUGGAGCUCGAAGUGUCAGAGAACUUUAUGAGUUUGCAAGCUCUAACUAUUCUGGCAAAUACACAGUUCCUGUUCUUUGGGAUAAGAAACUGAACACCAUUGUCAAUAAUGAGAGUUCAGAGAUAAUCAGGAUGUUGAACACGGAGUUCAACGAUCUAGCUGAGAACCCAGCAUUGGACCUCUACCCUUCCCACUUGCAAGCUCAAAUAAAUGAGAUAAAUGAGUGGAUAUAUGAUGAUAUUAACAAUGGUGUUUAUAAGUGUGGAUUUGCUAAGAAGCAAGAACCUUAUGAUGCGGCUGUCAAGAAAUUAUAUGAAUCUUUGGACAAAUGUGAGGAAAUUCUCAGCAAGCAACGGUACCUUUGUGGUGAAACAAUAACUGAAGCAGAUAUUCGGCUGUUUGUCACCCUUAUAAGGUUUGAUGAGGUUUAUGCAGUUCACUUCAAGUGCAACAAGAAGUUAUUGCGCGAGUACCCAAAUCUUUUCAACUACACCAAAGACAUUUUCCAAAUUCCAGGGAUGAGUAGCACUGUUAACAUGGAACACAUCAAGAAGCAUUACUAUGGCAGCCAUCCUUCCAUCAAUCCAUUCGGGAUCAUUCCCCAAGGGGUAGUAGAUGUUGUGUUCUGCAGCUGCUUUGGUUAUUUUGAUGAUCCCAUGGCUGUUGUGAAGUUACAGAAACAGAAGCCCGUUUACCUAUGUCUCCUGCAGAUUUCCAACAAGCAUACGCUACAAGUUGCAGGCAUGAAUAAAGGAGAGAUAUCAGCAUCAGGUGCAUUUGUCAGAACUGCUUCAACUUUCCGCAAUUUCAUCUCGCGGGAUCCAAACUCCGAUUUCCCUGCAGAAGCAGGGAGAUAUCACCUAUACAUCUCAUAUGGUUGUCCCUGGGCAUCUAGAUGCCUGGCAGGCUUAUAUAUCAAAGGGCUGGACAAAAUUAUUAGCUUCAAUUCUGUGAAAUCUGCAUGGGGGAGGACCAAAGAUACUGAUGAUCACAUGGGAUGGAUUUUUCCUGACACAAGUACCGAGCAAGAUGGCGCAACUCCUGAUCCUUGGAAUGAGGCAAAAAGCAUCAGAGAAUUGUAUGACAUUGCAAGCGCGAACUACUCAGGAAAAUAUACCGUUCCUGUUCUGUGGGAUAAGAAACUAAAGACUAUUGUGAAUAAUGAGAGUUCGGAGAUACUACGAAUGCUGAAUGCAGAGUUCAAUGAUCUAGCAGAGAAUCCAGGACUAGACCUCUACCCAUCCCAUUUGCAAGCUACAAUAGAUGAGCUAAACGAGUGGAUAUACGAUGAUAUAAAUAAUGGAGUAUAUAAAUGUGGAUUUGCCAGGAAGCAAGAAGCUUAUGAUGAGGCUGUGAACAGAUUAUUCGAUGCUCUGGACAAAUGUGAGGAGAUUCUCAGCAAGCAGAGAUAUCUGUGUGGAGGGACUCUGACUGAAGCAGAUAUUCGAAUGUUUGUUACCCUUAUAAGGUUUGAUGAGGCGUACGCGAUUCACUUCAAGUGCAACAAGAAGUGUUUGCGGGAGUAUCUGAAUCUUUUCAAUUACACCAAGGAUAUAUUCCAGAUACCUGGGAUGAGUAGUUCAGUCAACAUGGAACACAUCAAAAAGGGUUAUGGAUCUCUUCCUCUAAUCAAUCCCUCAGGUAUCCUCCCCAUCGUUCCAAAUAUCGACUACUCCUCUCCACAUGACCGGGCUAGAUUCUCCGUGUACGAUCAGCUUCUUGUUCAGUGCUCUUAG